GGGAAGCAGCAAGUGUGUUGUCAAUAUUUAUACUUCAUCUUCAUCUGUGAUCUUGCAUAAUGACAUUAGGCCGUGUGAGGCAGUAGAAGCACUUCAAGCGAGUGCGAGCCUUGUUCACCAGCAUACACUGUAAAGAAUCAUCUUCAGGCAUGGGCUGGAACUUCCUAAGGUGUUUCUGUAGCCAAUGCCAGCAGUAAACAUAACCAUACCUCGUCCGGCACUCUUUCAUUCAUUGUCAAGUUCAGUGGGUCUGGAAGAAAACAACAUGAUUGCAGCUUCAGAACCGAAGGUCUUUGUGCCCUGUGGACGUGAAAGGUUGCAAAUUCAUCCAGGCUCUGUGAUACUUCCUUCGACAAAGCCUCAACUUCAGCCAGAAUCCCACUUGCUACACCUCUUGAGUCAAGUCAACAUCUCUGACACCUCUGAUGUGGAGUGGUGGGUCUUACGAGAGAGUCCAGAGUAUCCUCAAUGCGAGGAAGAGUUAUAUGUUCGGGGCAAAACUGUAGUUUGGAGCAGAGGUGAAGGAGCUGAUCCUGGUCGUACAGAUGUCAAUGGUAGCCGCAAUGUUGUCAUUUGCUGUUUCACUGUUGAGACAACUGUGUCACAUGCCCUGUGGACCACAUUUCCGACUACUCCAACUGACAAGUCUUCUUCAGAAGGUUCAACAGGAAAACCUAUGUCUUGUGUGUGCAUUGUGGAUGAGAGUAAUAUUAAAGCAUUCUCAUCAGAGGGUGAAGAUUUCAUAGCAUCCCUUCAAUUCAAACUCCGCAGUGUGUGGAGCACAAGUCAUGGCCUUCUGUUGGAGCGUGCUACAGGUAACAGUGAAGAUGGAAGACUACCAACUCUGUUUGCUCUCUUGCACCCACUUGAUGAAAUCACUCCUGUCAUUGUAAAGCAAGGGAGCGUGAACUUCAUGAGUGAUCCUUAUCAGCAUGUUGUAUUUUGCUCGGACAACCCCCCUAUAGUGAUGAUGUAUGAUUCUAGAAAUGGCGUCCACUCCAUUUGGAAAAUUAGGAAGGCACAGCAAGAAGAAAGUCAAGCAAUGUGCGGAACUGAGAGCUCUUUAAACCUAUCAUCAUCUGUUUAUCUCAGUAGUGGAAAUGUUAGUACGUCUUCCAAUGCUGGAUUGCACCGUAGUUUGUUUGGGAAUUUGUCAAUGAAUCCUGGUGUGAGUAGUCCCUACAGUGGCAACAACCAGUCAUUCUGUAGGCCUCAAAGUCCUGUUCCCUCAUUUAGAUGUCAGUCUCCUGCUCGCUCGCCUCAGUCAUGGAUGAAUCGCUCGUCAAGAAAUUUUCAGUCACCUUCUGGGCCAUCUAGUCCUUCAUCAUAUCAAAGCACCCCAUCACCCUCUGCUUUCAGUCGACUCUUGACUGAUAAUUGUGCACAAGAUCCACGACCCGUAUGUCCUCAAAUUUGUUUAGAACCUGUCUGGACUGAGAACUGUGGAUCCUAUGGUGAUGGCAUAAAAUCGGCCCCAGCUAAAAAAGCUUUCUUUACCACUGAUGUAGUUGGACAGACCUACCUGUGUUACCUUGUUCCGUCCAGAAGGCAGUUGUUAUACUCACGUUUAGAAAAAACAAAUGCAUCAGAAAAACUUAUAUUCGGUAUAACGGCUGGUGUUCCGGCUGUAGAUGCUGCACCUAUAACACAUUUAAGCAUGGUCGUAGUCAUAGAUCCAAAUGGUAGUGUGGUGCUUUAUUCUGGAACUACUGUUGUGGGAAAAGUUCAUGUACCUGGAAUGCCUACUCAGAUAAAUUCUUCCUUUAUUCCCAUGAACCUUCUGCAGCAGUUUGGAUCACCAUUCCCAAGGCGAAGUAGUUUGUUGCCUACUAUUCGCAAUUUGGCAACACCUCAUGAAUUACCAAUGGAAGAUCGUUUGUUCAUGUCCCCUGCUCCCAUUCCUAGAAGAAGUAGCUUGUUGCCUUCCUUCAGAAACGUUAAUGCUCAGGAACCCAUGUUUGAUGAACGUGCUGAGCUGCUUUCACCAGUGCCUCAUGACAAAAGCCGGGAUUCGCCCCUUUGUGGCAGUGCACCUACUACGGCUCAGGGCACACCCAGGGAGGGUUUACUUUCCCUGAGAGAUCCAGUCAGGAAUAGGGUCACUUUGGAAUAUUCAAAUGGAAGUUUUUAUCGCCUGUCACUUCCUGAAAUUUGCUCUUCACCAUUAGUGACCUUGUGCAUAAGUGCUCUGAAGCAGGUGUUACCAAGAGAGAUUGCUGUGCAGUUAGUUGUGAAGUGGUAUGUGGCUAGGAAUGCCCCUGGUACUCAAGACAUUGCACCAAGCCAGGAGUGGCGGUUGUUUCUUGGAGUUUUACUUGGCAUGUUGGGAUAUGACGUUGAGAAACUGGCUGUGAUGCAUCAGCCGUCUUCAGAGAAUGGAGACAGUCCCACUUUGCAACCAAAAAAGAAGCGCACCUGUGAUAGUGGAUCUCAAGAGGACUGGGAAUACCUUCUGAAUUCUACACACCACCACUCAUUAGGCUCUGGACUAUCUGCACUGCUGGGUCUGACACCAGUUAAUAGUCCAGCUGGAGGUUCUGAUGGUGAAGCAGCUCAUGGCCAAAUUAAUGUGAACGCUUCACUCUUUAGUCACAUUCCUUUGGUGUUGUUAAGUUUACAUUUACUGUAUGAAGACAUGAAGCUGAACACACUGCUGUUGGACUGUCAGCCACUUCUCGCUCAACUUCUACACCAAUUAGCAUCGGACCUUCGUUUUGUGCAGUAUGCACACCACUAUUGGCGGGACUACCCCAGCCAUUGUCCUAUAACUCCAGUUAAGGAAAGUCAAAUUAAGGAUGCUGAUCUUCAAAAGUUGUCUACUCCAAGUUACAUGCCAGCAGAACCACCCAGCAUUUAUGAGCACCUUUUGGCUCUUCUGCAAGGUCCUACAAAGCCUCAGCCAUUCCCCCAUUUGAAGCAUGUGAACAAAAGGACAAAAGAUAUUGUUCAGCUUUCCUGUUUGUUAACAAUUGCUCAGAAAGAACCUAAUGUUUCACUGGAGAACUUUGUGCGCCCCAUUGUGCCCGCUGGUAGUCGUAAUGACAACCGAGAGCUAUCAAAUCUAAAACUGAAUAGAGAAGAAAGUGCAGCUCACAGAGCUGUUCUCCUUAUGGUGGAAAUGGGUUUUGAUAGGAAAGAUCUGCAGACACUCCCCUCAGCCAUUCUACUGCUCUUAAGUGAUGCCUUGUACCAAGCAAGAGAGAACCCUCCCAGAGAUUGGCCCCAUGCUGCAUACAAGCUUAUAGCUCGUCAAGAUCUAGCCUCUCAAUAUGAGCCUGCUAAGGCUUCUGUGAGUAGUUCUAGAGCACUCGGGUCAAGGGGUAACAAUGGUCCUACUUCUUCGAAAAUUUCCCAAAGUCCUGAAUUGGAGGACGAUAUGGAUGGUCUGAAGACGAUCAUGAAACUACGGUGGCCCAAAGAUCAGAGAGUCAAUGAGGUGAAACGACUUCUACAGUCCUCACAACCUGUAAUGAUAACCAUCCAGCAAAGACCAGAAGUAUCAGACCAUGAAUUUAUUGAGGAACAAGAAAAACACUUGUAUGCUCUUUGCACUCGCACAAUGGCACUUCCUGUCGGCAGGGGAAUGCUGACCCUCCGCUCCUCAGUUCCUGUUAUAACUGAGCCAUUGCCUAUUCCAAGACUGAAUCUAGUUGGCAAAGUACCUCCCAGGAACACAACUGUCGAUUUGUCACACAUAGAAGUUGUCCCCAACAUGAAUAUGUGGCCUCUUUUUCAUAAUGGUGUUGCUGCAGGCUUGCGCAUAGCUCUAUCAGCUCCUAAUAUUGAUUCCACCUGGAUUGUGUACAAUAAACCAAAGGGUGGAAGUGAAGUGUUAACAGAACAUGCUGGUUUCCUUAUGGCAUUGGGCCUAAAUGGUCACCUCAAUACUUUAGCUGUUUUAAACAAAUUUGAGUACCUGGUGAAGUGUCAUGAAAUGACGAGCGUGGGACUCCUCUUGGGUAUUGCUGCUUCCAAAAGAGGCACUAUGGAUGUGAAUGCAACAAAGAUGCUUAGCAUCCAUGUCGAAGCUCUUCUUCCCCCAACAUCCAUCGAACUGGAUGUAGGACCUAAUACUCAAGUAGCUGCCCUGUUAGGUGUUGGCCUUGUCUAUCAGGGGACAGGUCACCGUCGCAUUGCAGAAGUGUUGCUGUCUGAAAUUGGAAGACCUCCUGGGCCUGAAAUGGAAAAUAGUGUGGAUCGUGAAUCAUAUUCUGUGGCUGCAGGAUUGGCACUAGGUCACGUGGUUCUGGGGCAGGGCUCUGAGUUGUGCGGUCUGGCGGAUUUGGCCAUUCCUGAUACGCUUCAUUACUACAUGGUUGGUGGGCAUAGAAGGCCAGUCACAGGCUCUCAGAAGGAGAAAUAUAAAUGCCCAAGCUUUCACAUUCGUGAAGGAGACUCGCUGAACAUUGAUGUGACGGGCCCUGGUGCAACUCUUGCUUUAGGAAUGAUGUACUUCAACACUGGAAACAGGGCUGUAGCUGAUUGGAUGAAAGGUCCUGAUACUCAGUAUUUGCUGGACUUUGUUCGUCCUGACUUUUUAUUACUGAGAAUGCUAGCAAAGAACCUCAUUCUUUGGGAUGAGGUUUUACCCACUAUAGAAUGGGUUGAGUCUCAUAUUCCUGAAUCUAUUCGGCCAUAUUGUCUUGUAAAGCCUAAAGCCACUACCACCGAUUUUGUGGUGGACUAUGAAACAAUGAAUCAAGCUUACUGCAACAUUUUAGCUGGUGCUUGUAUGUCAAUGGGUCUGAAAUUUGCUGGAUCAGCCAACAAAGAGGCAUUUAACACCCUCCUCAUGUAUGCCAAAAAGUUUACAUCUCUGCUUGGUAAAUCCAUUGCCGAGUUAGCAGGGAAAUCUACCAUUGAAACCAGUCUGAAUGUGAUAGUAUUAUCCCUUGCAAUGGUGAUGGCUGGAAGUGGCUCUUUAGAAGUGAUACGAAUUUGCCGCUUUUUGCGAGCCCGAGUUGGUCCAACCAAUUCUGUUGUAACUUAUGGAUCUCAUCUCACCACCCACAUGGCUCUAGGUUUGCUGUUGCUAGGUGGGGGAAGAUACACAUUAUCAACUUCACCCCCUGCCAUAGCUGCCAUGCUUGCAGCAUUCUUCCCAAAGUUUCCCACUCACAGCAAUGAUAACAGAUACCACUUACAAGCCUUCCGCCAUUUGUACGUACUUGCUGUGGAACCUCGUCUCAUUGUUCCUCGAGAUAUUGACACUGGUGUGCUGUGUUAUGCCCACAUUACAGUAGUGUACUUAGACACAAAGCAUUACUCAAAUCAGUCUGCGAGGCUCAAGGCUCCAUGUGUCCUUCCAGAGCUUAGCACUUUGAAAGAGGUCAGAAUAGAAGAUGAGAGGUAUUGGACAAUGGUUUUCCACAGAGAUCAGAAUUGGGAUCAGCUCAAGCGAUUGCUGGAAGGUCCUGCUACAGUGGAUGUGAAGCAACGAGCUGGCUGCUUAUCGUACUCUGAAGAUCCUAAUGGUUUCCGAAGUCUUCUUGCUCGAACUCUUACUGCUCAAAGUGUGUCUGCAUGGAGUGUACCUGCUGAGUCAGUACUAGCAUUUUCUUCAGAUCCCAAAAUGGUGAAUUUUGCUCGUCUUUUCCUUGAGCAAAAAGUCAGCAACGACAGCCAGGUUGGUGUGAGCGGAGAAAGUGAGAAUCAUAUGAUGCAACUUCUCACCGCACUUGUGUACGAGUGCAUCACUCAGGAUAAACGAAUGAUCCUUUCUAUCUGGAUAACCGUUUUGAAGGGCCUUCAGAAUAUGAGACGUGUCCCUUGCCCUGUGAUGACAUGGCAAUUGAAGCUCCUGGUAGCUCAGGUCUUGAGAUCAGGCAGAGUUGGUGAAAAGCCAGUUUUCACUGCAGACCUCGCUUUGUCAGUACACCAAUCAGUCAAUAUGAUUCUCGAAUCAUGGGAGAAAGAUCUUUAUCCAUUUUUGAGGCAGUACUUAAGCAAUGGAAAACUGAAUGGAAAUUGUGAAAUGCUCAGAAAGCUAGCCACUUACAUAACGUAUUAUGGUAUUCCUGGGCCACAUCAUUUGGCAUUCAAUGCUGGAGAAAAUGUAAAUCCAUUACUAGUUCAUUCAAGAUUGAGAAAUCUUCAACUCCCUGUUAUCACUAUUCAGAAGAUUACUGCUAUUCUUCAAUCAAGCCAUGAUGUCAGCUGAUAAUAUGCUUUAUUUUAAUUGCAUAAUAAAUUUUUUACCAUGUAA